AUCUUCAAAGUGGAUAAAAGUGAACAAGUUGUAGGCUGAAAAUAUUAAAUAACACCGAAAAUGUCACAGCAAGAACAUUAAUGAAAAGAUUAACCAAAGUAGUUCGGUCUGGGCAUGGGGGGCGAAUGGGAAACAACAGCUGCAAGGAAGAACCGGUGAUUACAGACAGACUGAAGGCCGAAGACUUCGUUUUCACACAGGUUUGAAAUUAUUCACAUCGAUCAUGAUUAAGCUUUCUAGUUGUUGCAAGCAAAUGAGCAAUUAGCUUUAGUUAAAGUUAUCUUUCAGCGUUUCUAACAAUAAACUAGCGCUUUAUUUUUGUUUUUGUUUUCGCAGACUUCGCGAUAUGGAUUUCCAUUUCAGCCAACUUGCCUUGCUCACGACCCGGUUCAAAGUAUUUUGGCCAUAGGAGCUUAUGAUGGUUCCGUACGAAUGUAUCCUUAUCUUGCAACAUGCUUUUCCAUGUAAACUUACGAUCAUGAACUUAAAAGUCUUUCCUCUUGAAACUCCAAUAUUCGUGCUUUUGGUGUGUUUUAUGGCCAGCCAGUGUUAUAUGUUCCUCUUUUUUACACAAACAAAUUGCCCUAAGACUUAAGUAAGCUUUAAUAACAUCACGCGAGCAAGCUUUAAUACGAGCUGAUCGCCGUGUUUUCAUUUGGUAAUUUUGUAGUUAUGUACAAGGAAUAUAAAUUUCUCUGGAAAUUUGUUGGUGAGAUAAUCACAUAUUAAAACGGAUGCGGUAGUAAAGUACAUGUACGUGGUAUUGUCUAUUAUUGCGGUGAAGAAAUAUUAUUGCUAUGUAUUUUGUUGUUGGUCAUCUGUUGGGAGGUCUUCCCUGAAAGAAACAAACAUGUGCAAUCUCACAUUCGGCGUUUUGCAAUCGGUCGGUUUGUUAUUCAAUCGAACUGACCGUCAAAAGGUGUCGACAAAACAUCACCACAUUUUUAAUCAUAUCUUUAAGUAAAGUUUCGCUUCUAAUAGUGUUGUCUAAUUAACAGAUGAUCGAUUACUUUUGAAAACAAGGACAUUUUUCCUUGACUUGCAUUGAUUGCAGCCUUGGGCAACCCGGGGUAGAAUGUCAUAUACAGCACGAGAGUGGUGCUGCUGUAAGAGAUCUUAUAUUUCUCAUUAACGAGGUGAGAACAAAUCGCCAUCAAUACAGUGGUUUUGAAGUUUUCAAUGGAGUGAUAUCAAAAUUAAUGCAGCAGUGAUUCUUGACACGUCCUUGAUUUUUAUAAUGCUAAUAAUAUUAUAACUAGACUCGAUGUUUUUUUAGGAAUGAUUUACAUUAAGUUUACAUAGCCUUUUAGUUAUAAAUCAUUUUUUUUUGCUCCCAAGUGAACUUAUUGUUCACUAACGACUUCCUGACUUCAUGUUUCAGUAGUCUUCUGGUUAUAAAAAUCACAAGCUCAUUUAAUAAACUCAAGUUUUUCCUGUAGGUUUUCAAUUUGUCUUACAUGAAAAUUAUUUCUUGCUGAAAAUUGGACAAAAAUCCUUUAAAAAUUAUUCCCAUAAGUGGUAAAAACAAACUACAAAUCCUUACAACUGUGAACAGACAAGCAAAGUAUUAUUGGGUAAUGCUCUCUUUGCAUGUUCUUCUUACGUUUCAUUAUUUUGGACUUAACAAUACAGGGAAAUCGUUUCAAAUCACAUUUUAAAACAUUGAAAACCAAAUAAUAUCAUGUCAUCAAAAAGUACUUUAAAAGAGGUUUCAUUUGAAUGAUCACACAACAGGAAAAAAUUGCUGAUCCAAAACAAUAUUGCACAGUAGGUCACUUUUGAACGGUUACACUUGAUGACUUCAUUUAUAAAUUGACAUGUUAGAGCCAUUUUGAACAUUAUACAGGUGGUAAAUAGUACCACAGCAGAGUACUGCUCAGUAGCUUGAAUGAUCGCACUAUAUAGGAAUAAAACAGAGAGGGGGGAGGUGGAGGAUAACACAAUAUCCUCUUUCCAUUUUUCCUUUCUCAUUUCCCCUUCCUUUCUCUUCCUUUUAUGAUUCAAACAGGCUGCAUCUUGCACAAUAUAACAAGUGCUGCUUAGAAGCCUUCCGUUUGAAUAGGCUGGAUUUGAAUUCCAGCACAUUAAAAGAAGCCAAUUCAGGUGUAAGCUUCUAAACGACACUUUGUUGCUAGUAAGGCUUAUAAUUAGAAGACACAAAUGAACAAAUCUGAAAAAACUUUCAUUUUUUUUUGUUGUUGUCCUCUAAGCCUUAAAAAUGAAGUUUAAAUUUAAUAAAUCAAAAGAAGCAUUAACUUUGUCCCAACGGAGAGAUUCAGCCACGGAGUUAAAAAUUGGAACUGCAUUUCAUGCUUGCUUGUUAUAAUUCAAGGGUUUUUCUCUUCUUUUUACAGAAACUAGCACUUCCAAAUUUCAAUUGGUCAUUUGCAUGAUAAUGUCAUUUGACUACUACUACCAGAACCCAUUGAUAAAAGCCUUGAUUUGCACAAGGAAGCUAAACCGUGAAGGAUUCUGGUCGUAGUAGUACAGUAAAAUGCUGCGAAGAAGAACCUAGGAUUUAAGAACCUGCGGGCAGAAAUUUGUCAUUUUAAUACUUUAAAAUAUAAGAACCAGUUUAGCCAAGAAAAAUCAACAGGUUCUUAUAUGUGGGGUAGACUACAUUGUCAUAAAUAUUUUGACAAAAUCUGGCUUUAAUAUGGGAAAUUUAUAUUGCGUUAUAUAAUAAAUGUAUAAUGUAUACAACCAUUGUUGAAAACUGCAUAUCUUCUAGCUGGUAACCUAGUUUUGUUAGAUUUUUAGCAAUUUCUUGUAAUCAACAAUAGUAUCCUUCUUCAUAAAAAUUAAGAACCUAAUUAAGAACCUAUUUAGCUUAAACUUCCAAUAAGUACUCCAAACUAUAGGAAUCAAUUUUGCCAAACUUCAAAAAAGGUUCUUCUUCGCAGCAUUUUACUUUAGUAGUCAAAUGACAUCAUUGUCCAAAUGGCCAAUCUUAUCAUAAGGGAUUCAGACAAGUCUGUUUGUCUGCAAAGACUGCCACACUUGCAAAGUAACUUUGAUCAAUGUGCCUGUAUUUAUUGUAAUAUGGGUUAACUUCCACUUAACAGCCAUCUGUUAAGCAGCCACCCUCCAUUAAGCAGCCAGUAGUCAAAGUCUUGAAAUAAUUGUAGAAAAGAAUGGGGAAUUAAACCUUUGUUAAGCGGCCACCUCUAUUAAGCGGCCAUGGCCACCUUUUGGCUGCCCCAACAAGAGUUCUCAAAUUGUUUUCACCUUUAUUAAGCAAAAAUCAAGCAAUUGAUAGACUUACCGGUAGUUUGGCUUAAUUUGAAGGUAUUUGCACUGGCAAAUUUGGUACAUUUUUGCAUGGUUUUUAAUAGUUAUUUUAUGGCUAAUAUCUUUAUAUCAGUACAUCAAAAGUGUUUCUUGGUUCUUGAGGAACUAAAAUAUAUAAACUAUGCUUCGUCACCCAAAAGGUGUUAAUUUAAUUACUGACCUAGGGUGUUACAGAGAAAAAUCAAAAUUUUAGAAAAUCCUUACAGUUAUUGUUAAAAAAGAAAUGUAACACAAAUAAGGACAUAAAACAGAAUAAUUCCAUGUUCAACCACCACACAGCUCCAGUUAAUCCGCCUUCUGGGGCACAAUUUGCUAUUUUGUAAUUUGAUCCAUUUUUUGUCAUCAAUAACUCAGCUUUACGAGAAUUCUAACCUUUGGUCAAACAAAAAUCUCUUCAUUACAUUGAAAAUUUGCUGGUGGAGAUAUACCUUAAGAAUAAAAUGUAUGAUGAAGGAAAAAAACGCUGAGAGAAGGUGAUGACCAAUUGUGGGCCAGUGAUGCUUCUCCCAUCGCAUGUUUGUUUCAGACUAGUGAUGUUUCUGCUUAAGAUAAUUCUGAUAAUAUGAUGAACCUCUAUUGAGUGGCCAACCUCCAUUAAGCGGCCACUUUUGCUGGUACCCUGAGGGUGGCCGUUUAAUGGGGGUUCAAGUGUACUAGUUAAACCAGUUACAUUCUCCCCUGGAUCCCUUAGUUUUUAGUUGCUGCUCUGAAUGUAAAAAAAAUGCAACUGUGUUGUUUUCAAGUCACAAUUCACAAAGUAACUCAGUGGCAUUUUGUUUUGACAGGGAGCUUUGAUAAGUCUUUGUGAAGAUGACUACAUUCAUUUGUGGAAUUUAAGACAAGCACAACCUGCUCUUGUACAGUCAUUAAGAUUUAACAGGGAAAAGUGAGUAUUUUGUAAGACUGUGAUGUUCCAUUUGGAUAAUUAUUUAUAUAGCUUACAUCUUUGGCUCCUAGCUGCUUUGAUGAGAAACAACUUGAAUGAGUAUAGAUGUUACAGGGAAGUUAUUCAUACACUCAAACUUCUUAUAAGUUAUCACCCAAAUCCUGUGAUUGGUGGUUCCUUACAGGGUGUGUUAGACCGAGAAAACAGCCAACAUUUCACUAUGCCACAUUUGGUAUCCCUGUGAAAUGACAUCUGAGGAACAAGUGCAGAAAUUCCAAUUGAUGUGGAAGAUGGGAUCAAUAUACCAUUAAGUUAAUGGUAUAUUUGCUUGGAAACAAAGUUGAUCAGUGGUAUAUUUGCAUGGAAAUGAGGCAACAUGGCCAAUAGUGAACAAAAAAUGGCACUCACAGCUACCUGAAAAUGAACAAGACACUGUGGGAGUGUACACUUCGGCAUUGUAGUUGUGGACCAAUUGUGAAUGCGUAGGAAUAGUAAGAAAUUAUAUUUUUCCAGAUGCCCUUCCAUACAAAUACCCUUACUCUCCUUUAAGGGUGUAACGAUUCAUAUUCCUUGCAAUUCGAUUCGAUUUCAAUUAUUUCAAAUUGAUUAUGUAAAUGUUUCUUAAUUCUUAUAACAUAACGCCUAAUGUUAACAACAUGCAACCCUAAACCCUCAAUUUGAGAAUAGUAACAGGGACAGAAGGAUUCACAGUCGUUUGGUUCCUCACCAUGUUUGAGAACCUGACAGAGAGCAUGUCGCUCAUAGUUUGCCUUAUUUGGAAAUUCUCAAGGGGUGGUUGAAGGACAGCAUUUUUAUCAGGCAACACAAAAUGGCGCACAAACUGCUAUCGUCUUUGCUCGUCAAUUAAAAACACACAUUUUAAAGAGUUCUAGAUUCUGAUUUUACAAUAUAAUAACUCACUGAGGGCACCCUGGAAAAGGUGUGCAAAAAUUGAACCAAAAUCGAAACAUGGAGGCAAAGAAUCGUGAUAAUUGGUGAUAAUCGCGAGUAAUUGAGAAUUCAAUUAACCAUUACAUCACUACUCUUCUUUGGAGUUUUCAUGUAAGCAACUGUUUUUUUGUUUUAGUAUUUUAGCUUGCUACAGAAGGAUGGUUAAAAUCUCAAUCUUCUUGUUUUUACUGUAGAUUAACUUGUAUGCACCUACCAUUUUCGUCCAAGUGGCUAUAUGUUGGAACAGAACGAGGAAAUAUCCAUGUUGUAAAUAUUGAAAGUUUCCAAUUAUCAGGGUACACAAUAAAUUGGAAUAAAGUUAUAGAAAUGUAAGUAAUAUGUUACCUAGCUGUGGCAUAGCAUAGACUGUUAAUUAUAAUGUCUAAAUUCUUCAACAGUUUGAACCAACACAAUAAGGAAUUAAGCUUAGUAUGCUGCAAGCACCCACUACUAAGCCUGAGAGAGAGCCAUUUUGCUUUCAUUUUUAAACAUCACAUACCUUCAACAUUAUCUCCAUCUCUUUCUUUAGAGGGUCUUGAGAUCAUAAGUACAUCAGGGCUUGAAUUCCAGAUUGUCCUUUGGGCAAGCAGCUGUCACAUUUUGCUUGCCCGGGCCCCAAUUCUUGCUCGUCCAAGAUAAUGUUAGAGGAGGACUUACUUGGACCCAUUGGGCAAGUGAGCUUUUAACUUUUUUUGAGCCUUGAGUACACGAAACCAAUAAAUGCAUUAAUUUUGAAAUUCCUUUUUUCUUUUUGUAUUUUGUUUCAUUGUCUAGAAAAUGUAAAACUCACCCAGGUCCUGUUGUACAUAUUAGUGGAAACCCUGUGGACCCUAAUAAGGUAGUUGAAUUAUUUUCCUUAUGAUUGAAAACUCAAUGCAAGUUGCAUAAUAUUGCUUUGUUGCCACACUUAUAUAAGCAGUACAAUUCUAAGAGAAGCUUUCAUAGAUAAAUGGUCUCAAUUUUAAGUGAUUUCAACAGUGGAAUUGGAUAGUUACAAAUUAUUUGAAAAACAGUCAUGUGCCUGGAAUUCACCAAGCUGUUCAGCUUCAAAUAACUGUAACAACUUUCAAUACCAGGUACGUACUAAAAUUAUAGUGAAAGGUUCACAUUUAAGAAAGCACCCAUAGUAAAGCAGGUGACAUGCAAGUCAAUUUUCAAGUUGUUUUAAAAUCUUUCCCUGUAUGGAUGCAUUACAGGGCUCAAAUUUUCUAUUUAAAACAUUAAACAAUGUAGUGUCUAGAAAAUAGUGUUAAGCAUUGUUAUUUUUCCUGGUUGUUUUUGUUAAUUUUUUAAUGUUUUCUUUCAGUUACUUUUAGCUUUUAAUUCUGGAACAGUUGUUGUUUGGUCCCUCAGAGGGAGAACAGUGGAACAAAGAUGUAUUUUUCCUCAAGUAUGAAAGAUAUGUGUUUUUUUACAUUGUGCUACUGCAUAAUUCCUCCUUUUUUUCUCCAAAUCUUCUGAGGCAUUUACACUCUUUGUGAAUUAUAUUAUUCAUUUAAACUGUUUCACCAUUUCUGAAUGGCUAACAAUUUGAUGGUAUAUUUGCUUGGAGAUGAGGUUGAUCAUUGGUAUACUAGGCAGGUUGGCCAAUAGUGAACAUAAAAAGCUGUUGCAGAAGACAAAGAAAGAGCUGAAUUUCUGACUAAAACUGAAUGGAAGAAAUACAGGAAUAUCAACGCAUUUACUUAAUUUAUUUUGAGGAUUAUCUGCUUCAAACGACAUCUUUUUAUAUCUUGAAACCUUAUCGGAAAUAGGCCAAAGUUUUGAAAAAAAAAAAAAAACUAUAAGGAGGUAGCCUGUAAUGAACUUAAAAUAUUUUGAGUGAGUAAUAAAAUAAUUAAAUGUAAGGAUGCAUGAUCCAUCCGAUGAAAUUCUUCACAACUCAUGCUGUUGUGAAAAGAAUUAGCCCCCCAAAAAUUCAGACUUGCUGGGAUGCGAACCCUGACCUUUGCGAUAAAACAGCAGUGCAGUACUCUAACCAAUGUAUGUCGGAUAUUGUAGGGGCUGUCCAUACUUGGUGCGCAGGAACCAGUGCCUGGGUGCUGGUACAAAAUGGUACCUGAUAUGUAAUUGUGUACAUACUUGUUCCUGCCAUUUUUAAGCUUAGCAGAGAGUACAAAAUAAUGGACUUCCCCAGAACUAACAGAAACAGCAUGAAACCAGAGACCUAGUGCUGACUAUUGUGCCCGAGUACAAAGUCUCGACUUUUUACUCAGGUACCGGCACUGUGCCUGAAAUUCUAGAGUGGUUUCUUGAAAAAAAUGUUUGUUUGUGUACUUUCAAAUUUUAUGAGCCUUCUAUUUAGCAACUUCUUUCGAAUUGCUUCAUAACCAAUAUCCUUUUUCUUUUUUUCUUUCCAACAGCCAGUCAUCUCUGCUCAUUGGUUAAAUGAUGGAAAACAGUUUAUGUGCUCUCAUACUGAGGGCACCUUGACAAUAUGGAGUCUGAAAAGUGGGGGAAAGCCAGUGGAAACAAUAAGACCUCAUAGUGAGUGUCCUCUUUGAAGAUGGGAAAAAAAUCCCCUGACAGGGGUAUGGUGGUGUCUUGUCUCCUUUGCAGUGAACGAGGCCUAUUAGUGGGGAGGGGGUGGGGGUGGGGGAGUAUCUAAUGUCCCUGGUCUGGAUGUCAGCAGCUGUUGUCUCAUGUAUUGAGGAGGAAGUUAAUUCUUGUCAGUAUUUUAACUUAUAUUAAUUGUUGUCGCACUUGUCUUUGUUGCACCUGCAGUUUCAACCCAAGUCUCUCUUGAUGAAACCUUUGUGCUCUUAGAGCACAUGUUGAAGUAAAUAUUGUUUAUACCAGAAAAAAUCCCAUCUUUGUGUCAUUUGUCCCCAUUAUUCUCUUAGGGGUAUGUGGUAGAUUUGUGACCAUGUUGCUUGUCAGAACUUUACCCUUACGGUACCCUGUGAAAGGCACUUUAGCAUUUUUCAAAUUCUAAGUCAGCCGUAGUCCAGGAAAUGUCAGAUGACAUGUAGUUCUCUAUUAUUUUUACCGCAUUGUUCCACAUUGUUAAACUGCUUAAAGCUCAGUUUUGGUUCUUACUGGAAUUGUCCUGUUAUAUGUGACUGUCAUACAUGUACUAUACAGACAACGAAAAUUUGGGGAGGGAAGUACAGUGCUGUUAGGCGUAGUGGUUGUUGUGCCUUGUAUUACAUAAUGAGAGAUUAUGGAAGGUGAAAGAAGAACACUAUUGUGCAAAAUGUGCAACUAUUCAAUGUUAUUUUGCAGAACCUUCCAUUUUUUCAUGAAAUUGAUUUGCUGUUGUAAACUUUACAACAUGAAAAAAUUAUAGAGAGAAUCAGCAGACCUGUAUGGUGUUUUUAUCUCAUGUCGAUUGAGGAACUACAUUAACAAAAAAUUUUCAUCUCUGUCCAUAUGUUGUGGUUCAGUUUUAUCCUUGGUUAAAUUUUACUCUCCUUUGUUUUAGGGUACGGAAAUGUAUGGUAAUGAGUUUGGAAUCAAUGAGAGUAAAAUUUAUACCAAGAAUAAAAUUGAACCACAACAUAUAUACAUGAUGUGUAUAAUUAGGCUUUUUAUUGCAAUUCUUCUUUUACGCCAUGUUUUUGAUACUAUAUUCUCUUCUCCUUUCUUCCAGCAAAAUCUGACAAAGCGAGACCUUGUCAAGCAAUAUUUAAGGUCCAAUGGUUAGCUGUAAGCUCAGGGUAUGUCUUUCUUUGCUCAAGAAUAAAGAUUACUAUCUUUUUCUUAGGGUAUUUUCUGAGGAGAUGUUGACUAGACUAGCCGAUUAAAAGGUGAAGCCAUAAAAGUAAUCACCUUUUUAAGUAUAGGACACCUAGGAUACCUACAUAUAUUUGUUAGUCACACGUUUAACUAAUCUGUUUUUAUGAAAUCCUAUCAUGUGACCUCUGUGUGGUUCCAGAGAAUAUUCUUACACAUCGCACAGAGAAUUUGUUUAGCUUCCAAGGGGGAUGGGGCGGGGGGGGAGAUUAAAUGACAAUAUUAUUUUGAAAGGAAAAAUGAAGCUAUAACGUAAACUUGAAUUUUCAAAGGGGUGGAAGGGCGAAAGCCCCCCCCCCCAAAAAAACACUUUUUUGUCUUCAGCAGUAAAUUUUUCAUCAUAUUUAAAUUUGUUGUUAUACAUUUGUUAUGCUCCAAUUUCAGGGAUCCUUUUGUUCUGUUUUCUGGAGGAACAUGCAGCAGUAAAAAGAAAGGGCUAACAUUAAUGCAAGGGAGUAGAUCAUUGAGAGUCUUAUGCACAGACACUGUGAUUGACUUCGUUUGUAUUACAUCAACACCGUGGGGUGAAGGUGAGGACAGUUUAAUUUGGCAGUAAAGUCCUGAUCAGUCCAUAUCAUUCUUUAUCAGGGCUAUAAAGGAGACAACGGUGAAGUUUACUGCAAAUAGUUAUGGUGAGUCCUGGGACUCAUCUCGUGCAAAAUCGUGAAUCCAAGUCCAGCACCAAUGAGUCCCAGUUCGAAAAACAAUAAGUUCUGCAUGUAAAUUGACUCCAAAACUCUGUUUUUACAGUGUACUGAAAUUAAUUUAGAGUCCUUCUAUUUUAAAGCACAACAAAGGUAAACAGAAAUAUGCCUAGUUUAACAACAGCCAUAAUAACUACCACAGAAAUGACACAAACAGGAUAUUCUACAAAAACUCAUCUUCAGAUCGAUCGAUCGAUCUUUGUGUCCCACAGGACACAUGCCAUGAUUUAUUUUGCAUCUUUGGAGAUUUUCAGGCAUAAGGGAGGCGGCAUGCAGAGGUAACAAAAUCACUGUGUACAGUGUAUUAUUGAGUAAAUGAACUUACAAAAGUUUAUCAUUGGCAAUGUACAUGUGGGGAAGACUUUGCAUGACAAUCCUGUACACUUUAGGCAGCAGAGAGCUGGCAUGAAAACCUCCAAGAUAUAAAUCGCAGUUAAUUCCCAUCUGCGGCUCAGAUUUUUUCUGUGUCCUCUUAUUGUUGAUUCUUUACAUCUCCCUUUAUUUCCUUUAUUGUAUCAGUGGCAUAGGUUGGUUGGUGGGAGGCUUAAUCAUUAGAAACCAAGAAAAAUGUUUUAAGCAAGGAUGCAAAUGUACACUGUACAAGUACUUGUAACUGUACUUAAGAAUUUGCAAGAUAUUAUAUUACAUAUACUAAGUAUCUGGGAGUAUGUUUAACCAUAUACCCUUCUCAUCUUCCUUGACAGAUGUACAAGAUCCAAAAGCUGUUGUGGUUCUAACACCAAUAAAGAUCUUGGUAUAUGACCUUCUUUCAUCCUCUGCGAAGUAUGUUAUUUUUGAUAGUCACCUUUCUUUUCUUAUCCUGCCUCCAUUAUACCUUGGCACACAUUGUAAUGAUAGGUACAUGCAAGCCUUUGUACUAUAUCCUCUGGACACUUAUACAAUCCUUCCCCUCACAAAAAAAAUAAACAAAUAAUAAAAGUGAAAACAUACACACACUUGUGGGCAGAUAGAAAAAGGGGAACAUAUUUUCUCUGCGGUAUGACCCUUGGGAUUUUUUGUGGUGACCAAAGUUGGCAUGCAGAGAGAUUUUUACAUGUUCCAUUCAAAAUUAUAGUGGUAACAUUGGCACAAACAUAACAGUGACUUAUGACAACAAAAAAGCAAUUAACCUCAUUUGAACAAGAAAUAAACUUUGUUUUAAUACUGCCAAUACCUUCAAUUUUGUAUCCUUUCACUAGGAUUCUAAAAUUUCAAAGAAUGUUGAUCAGUACAGAAUAAACUUUGGCUAAAGAUCCAACCCUAAGCUGCUGUAAGCUGAUGUCAAAAUGAGUUUGUAGGAAUUCUUUGGAGUCAAGGAUAUAAUAUUUGGCUUAGUUUGUAAACUCUGCAUACAUCCUCCUUGUGACUGUAUGCAUGGACGCAUGGCUCACUAGCUGGAGGCAAUUAUAAUUAUGUUCUGGUCUUUGCAGGCCAACAGCCUUGGAAGUUCCCUAUGCAUUUAAUGUUCACGAGUCUCCUGUUACGUGCACACAGUUUUAUAGUGAAUGCCCUAAGGAUUUCAUAAAAGCACUGAGUUCUACAGCCGUUAGUCGCACAAGAAAGAGACAGUUACAAAGGGAAAGCAGUACACCUCAGGUUUGUUGAGAAAAGCUCUGCUAUAAAUCGGUGUCGGCAAUUUUUACAUGCUUGUAGCAAAUCAAAAUUGUGUUAAAAAACAGAGUAACAAAAUAAUUGUCUCAUCAUAUGUUUGUCUGCAUCAGUGAAAGGGUACCCUGCGAGCAGAGUCUCCUUCGAUCUUCCUCCAGGAAGAUCGAAGGAGUCUCUGCUCGCAGGGUAAUAAAAGGGUUGACCUCUGAACUCUGCUAGAUGCAUAUUUCUCUGUUGGUUCUGUACAGAAUACCUGGGAUGAUUAGUGAAUUUCUUGAUUGUAGGAAUACAUUUUAAUUAAAACUGUAUACUACAUGUACAGCUCAUUAAGCAGCCAUCCUUAAUUUAGCAGCUAGUUUCCAGAGUCCAGGCUGACAAAAUCACAGUCAGUAAAUUGCUGAAAACAGAACCGCUAUUGAUCAGCUGACCUUGAUUAAGUGGCCACUAUUCCCUUCCCUGUUGCAGCAUGUGUAGUUACAUGUAAUAGGUGUUUGACAGUAUAUUAACAUUCUCACUACUAUAUGAUUUUCUCUUCAUUUAAUGAAAGCCAUGGCCAAUUUCUGGAGGAAUUUUAAGUGAGCCAUCAGAGAGUGCCACUGCAGAGCUCAUAGUAACUGGGUGAGUGUUUUAUCUUGUUGUGUCACUCUCAGAUCAAGCAUGGUUUGGAAGUUACAGGUUGUACUGCUGCUGUUGUGACUGGUGCUGUAACUUAGUUACACUGAGUACUCUAAAAGUGGUUUGAUUUCACAAAAUUGACAGUUUUGGGAAGCUUGCACAUGCACACCGAACAGAUCAAUUAACAGUGCACAACAAAAGCACUGCUUUCUGGGCUGGGUCUAGCAAUUUUUAUUACAAGUUGUUCUGAGGAGAAAUUAAUCAACUAAAGCUUUAUGCUACCAGUGAUGUACUCCUUUAACUUCUGGCCCAAAUUUCAUAAGGAGCACUUUUGUAGGCUGAUUAUGUUGAUUUGUCUCAAGUUGAAACAUUUAUAACCUAUCCCUUUGGAGGAGUCUAUGGAAGUUUUGAAUUGUGGGUGGGAGUCCAAGGUAUCCAAGGGUAAAAAUCUGAAACAAAAGAAUGAGGCUUGGGAAGAUGUCGGCUUGUUAGGGUUCCAUAAAGAAAACACAUUGGAUGGUGGCCAGGUCUUUUAUACAGUGCAGUGCAGGGAAAAAAAAAAGAAUUUCAGCAUGUCUUUAGCAAGCAGCUCAUGUUUUUGGUUGCCCAGGGCAACUUCUUUCUUGUGGUAGCUAACGAUUUAGUUCAAGGAUGACAUUACCUGGACCAUUGCUGUUGGGUAAGUGAGCUUUAGCAGUUACUUGCCCAGCAAAAAGAACUACUUGUCCUGGGUGACCAGAUGGGGCUUUUUGCGAGCCCUGCAGUGUACUUCCAGUCUAAAGCCAGAAUUUCUUUAUCAUUUCAGACACUCAGAUGGGUCAGUAAAGUUCUGGGCUGCCAAGUCAGGUAGUCAUCAAACUCAUGUCUGCCAGACAUUGUAUCAUUACAAAUUGAAUUGUGCUUUAAAAAUAUCACAUUAUUAAUUUCUUAAUGUAGCUUUCCAAUCAAAGAUGCCAAACUAUUUCCCUCAUAGUUUUCAUCUCCCUUUUUUGCGGAUCCAAAGUUCUCAUCUGUUUUUCCUUUAUGGUGCGUUCACUCUCCUUAGUAAUUCCUAAAAGUUCUAAAAUUACAGGUCAACACAAAAAUUAUAAUUUGUUAUCUCAAAUUACAUUCUUGAAACUACCGUAACAAAAGAUUAUUAUCAUGUACUCUUGCAGACAGAUACGUUUCAUAAACACAGUCACACAAUACUUAAGAUUUUGUCUACUGGAGGCCUAAGUGCUACGCUGUAGAAAGUUAUGUUUUUAUUGACUGAAAUAAGGUAUUGAUUCUGGAAAGAAGGUUAAAUCUUGGCAGAUGCUAGGCCACAUGUUGAAGUACAUGUAAAAAGUCCCAGGCACAAGGCUGCUUGCUUGUUGUAGCAUGUGAGAUCGUGUCAGUUUUGGGACAAAAUGGUGCUUUCCUAUCACAACAUUCUAAUGUCAUCCACACAAUGGCUCUUUUAGAGAACAGUUAUUAUAUUAGGUCCUUUUGACAAACUAAAAAAACAACAAAUAGACAAACAACUUUAUUUCUACUUUACACAGACAACUAAAAAAGUUACAAGAAAUAUAAUUAUAAUAACAACAAUACAUACAGUAGUUGCAUGCUCAAAAUAACUCUAAAGCUAAACUAGCUGGGUGACCAUCGUUAUAAUAAGGAAAGAGGCAUGACAAACACAUUAAUAAAUUUUGUACACAUACAUAUUAUAAACUGGUACAAAAGUACAUAUACAGGACAAAAAGAAAAGAAAAAAAACAAAUAUCAGUAAAGAUUAAUAGAAAAACAACAUAAAUUGACACAACACCAAACAAAAUAAAGAAAAAAAUGGUUAGAAUUUGCGUUAAGCCAUAAGCAAAAAACGUGUCAUCUGCAGUGAGCAAAAAAUGUCUGCCAUCUGUGCUUGGCACUGACCAUCAUUUUCGUGUGAUGUUUGUGAGGAUAAACCCAUAACUGAACAGCAAUCAAUGAGUCAACGUGUCCUUGUUUUCCUUACAGAUGUCCUAAAGUGUCUCUACAAACUAUCGACAAGUAAAAUUUUUGAGAAAAACACAAGUACAACAGAAAACAGUGAAACCAAUGGAAAGGACCCACCAUCUGAAGGAAGCUCUGGUAAUAACAAUUCAGAAAGUUGCCCGUCAUCAAUGGUGGACAUUGAUUGCUUUGCUGUAAACAUGGUGGAGCUGUGUGUGCGAAGUAGGACUCUGCUAGUGGCUGGUAGUAGUCAUGUGAUAGUGUAUCAGUUUAGCAUGACAGAAGAAACAUUAGAACUUGUGGUAAGUGGUAUAGUUGUUAGUGAUCUUAUGCAAUAGGACGGUGGAAGGAAGCAGGCUUCAUAUCAGGUGCUUGGAAGUUAUACAUGCGAGAGAGAACAAGGCACGUGUAUGUCCUCCUCACAUGCUUCAAACUUUCUUGGGCCAUAUUGUUUUCAAGUGCCUGCUACCUAAAGGAAGAGGAUGGCAAAUGUUUGUGUGUGACAAAUGUGACAGGGCUCUUAUUUCCAUGUUUGUUGUGAUCUUCACUUAACGUUACUAUGUUCUUGUCUUUUACAAAAAGGUCUGUUUAGGAAGGUGAAGUUAUUUUGGUGAAGUUUUCAAACAUAAUUUUUGUCAUGCUUGUCGCACAUUCUCUCCUCUGCCAUCCUAUUACAUAAGUUCACCAGUGUUUCAUGUCCCUGGUCUUAUUCCUUCUGCAUCAGUGAUAUGAUAAUACGUGAAACAUCCUAACAAGAUAAUUAACUAACAAAGGACUGAGCUGUCACUAAGACUUAAAGAUGCUGGAUUUACAUUUAUUCGGUUUGUAGCUGGGAGUUGAAUAGCUAGGAGGUUCUUUUGGUUCUGUUUUCUUUUUGAUCCCUAUGAGAGUAGCCAGGUAUCAUGCCAGGAGAAAUCCCUUGCCCUUGCCUCUUAAUGGCAGUCCUGUUACAGUAACAGUCAGCUUUAUCUGCUAGGAUAGUAUUUCUGCCUAGAGGGAGAACUCGCACUGCUAUGAAAGUGAAACCAGUAUAUGAAAAAAAUACGUCUAUGACAUAGGGGUUUCAUUCUUAAUUAUUUUACCACAAAGGAGCAUGCUACAGAAAUUAGUUUUGACUCAAAAUUGUUUUGCUAUUAAUUUUGUGGUAUUAAGUCUUGUAAUCAUCAUUGCAUCAUCAAUACCACCACCAUCACCACCACCACCACCAUCAUUAUCAUCAUCAUCAUCACCACCACCGCCAUCAUUAUCCUCAUCAACAUCAUCACCACCAUCACCACCACCACCGCUACCACCAACACCACUACCACCACCAUCAUCAUCCUCCUCAUCAUCAUCAUCACCACCACCACUACCACUACCACCACCACCACCACCACCACCACUACCACCACCAGCACCACCUUCAUCAUCAUCAUCGUCAUCGAUGUUAUCAUCAUUAUUAGUGUGUGCCUGAGAACCUUCUUGUUUCUUGUCUUCUGGUUGGAUGUGCUGAAAUAGUUGUUUGAAAUCAUUUUCUUCUUUGUUUGUAGCAAGUUGACAUCAGCAUGAUGAAUGAUCAGAAUGCAGACUUGUCACCAGAUUCUGCUGAAGUCUCAAGCCCAACUGAUGAUAAAGGAGAGGGCCUGGUGCUAAGUCUAACCUCAAGCUCUAUGCCUGCAUUGUCUCCAACUCUAACCUGUAAGACUGGUUUGUACAAGAGGUCUCCAGGAUUUCAGCCAUCUGUCUGCUGUAUGGUUCUUUCCUCAGGAUCUGAUGUCAUACCUCCAAGCAACUUGGCAGUCAGCUCAGACUUUGGAGUGUAGGUUCAAAUACCAUUCUGUCAGUGAAAGUCUAUGACAAUUAAUAUUGUGCAGGUUUCUCAGGGCCUGUCUAGAACUAGUGAUUAAUGCUUUAUUCUGUAUCAGCUUAUCGGCAUCCACGAGAAAACUGGGGCACAUCUGUUUUAGACGUCUUCACAUCUCUACUUCUUUACCUCUACUUUUCAUUUCCAGUUAUUUUUCUAAUUUUUUCCCUGUCACUUUGGUUUUUUAGCCUGACUAUGAUUAAUGCAAUUAUCUAAUAUAUUAUAAUAAUUACUGUAACUCUGCCAUUGACUUUGCAUACAUACUACUGUUUAUACUUUAUUGUAAUAAUUAAUUGAGAGAGCCUAUUCCUUAUAAGCCUGGUGGUUUCCUUGGGCUUUUGCAUCAUUAGAUUUUAACAUUUAGUGAUUUCUUUUUUGUGUAUUAUAACUUAUGGCAAAACAAUGAACUUGAACUUGAAUGAUGACAGUGACCACUCCCAUUUACCCAAGUUGUUAUUUUUGCUGUUUCCAUUUACAAAAUGGCAUUUUUUUUUUAAGCUCGUUUGUUUCCCAUUAUUUAGCAUUUCCAUCAGUAAUGGCCCUUCUCUGGCUCUGGUUGACAUCAUUCAAAAGAAGCUUGUAACAGUUUUGUCAGCACAGGACAUGAGUGGUAAGUACUAAGCAGCAAAACUCUUCACUUGGCCGAGAACCCUAGUUUGGAUUGAAAAUAGGAAACAUGAGCAAACACGUCUUUGAGCACGCGAACCGAUGCCAAUGCUACAUGAUGCCUUAUUUCUUCCUUGACGCUACUAAAUUUGGAUUGCUAAGUUUCUUUACUCUUAUAGAGACAAUUGCCCGAACAUUUGAGCAGAACCACCGCCGAAGAACGCAAAAAUUCCACUUCUGAUUGGCGUGUGUUGCACAAAGAAGACUUUGCUUAAACUCCCUUAAUUGAUUUCAAUUCUGCUUUCCACUUUAUAUUAAUUUCAAUAAGAAAUAUGAUGUGGUGCAGAAUUUUUUAUUAAAAGUCCUACAGUCUCAGACAAAAGUAGUUGGGAUACUUCCACCCAAUGCUGUUUUUUUUUUUGCUUCUGGCCCGUCCCCUCGUCCUACAAAUGUUAUUUAUCGCAGUUAACCCUCCAAAUCUUGCACACCAACAUUGGGAGGGAAAAAAGAUAGUUAAGCGUGCUAACAAUUCUGACUGAGAUUGUAGGUUUGUAAAAGAAAUGUUUCCUUUGCUUCUCACAAUUUAUGCAUUCAUAUACCCCUGAAAUGUCCAUACCCCCCCUUCACGGAGUGCACUUUUGCUCAAGACCCCCACCGCCUGGUAUUUCCGUAAUUAUUCAACUUGAUUGGGUACUCUUUGGAAAUAAUGUUUGGGUCAAAAAUAUUGUUGCACGAUAUCAUUAUGCCAAAGAUAAUUAAUGUUUGUCUGUGAUAAAGUGAGAAAAAAUAUUUAUACUGUGUCUUAUAAUCUCAAGGACGUUCUAAGCUAAUAAUUAAUCAUAGAGGCGAUACCUGAUAGGCCACUUACAUGAUGACGUCAUUUCACUACAGAAUCCUUUAGGGUUUUGCUUUCUUGUGCAAAUAGGGCUUUUGUUAUUUAAACCUCACUGGGAGUACAACAUUUUGAUAUGAAAGAAAACACGAAAAGGAUUCUGUUCUGGUCUUAGUAGUAAAAUGACGCUAUCGUGCAAAUGGCCUAUUACACUACUGACUAAAGGAAUAAUGUCAUCUGCAAAAGAACCAGUUACUUUCAAACUAAACACCACGUGAACUUUCAUUACUUCAUUUCAGUUAGAAAAUGUUACAAGAAGGCUUAGAACACGACCAAAUUACGGUGAAUCAAACGUGUAAUAAAGCAACAGCUAGAUAACCGGAAGCUUAUUCACGAGGCGAUGUCAGUUGUAUUAAAGAAAACUAUCGCGUAAGCCGUGAAAAAAGCAUUUAGCCGACUGUAGAUAAAAGAUUAUUAAUGAAAACAAUACUUGUUUUGAAACACCGGUAACAGUAAACUAACUGAUAGCAUGCUCAACAGAGAUGUUAUUUAUUGAAUGACUCAGCAAUCUUACUCAGACCCCCUGGAAGGAAAAACUCUUUAAGCAACCCACCCACCCCCUCGGAAAUUACCUCCUUUCAGACCCCCCUCCCUUGGAAUUUCCGUCGCUCUCCGUUGGGGGGGGGGGGCAUGAGUAUUUUCGGGAACUACACAUUGCAUUUUUGUGGUCUAAAAUGGACCAAAAACAAGUCAAGCUAAACAGGUCUGUGGCAAAAAAUUCUUUGCAGCUGUGUCAGAUUCACCGUCAGCAACAGCGACACCAUCUGCUGGCCCAGCGGUUGUAACCGGCACCCCCCUGACAUUCACUAUCAAUGCUGAUGGCACAGGAGGAGAAUUCCAGGUUGAUGCCGGCUCAAAACCCGAAAGGAGGAAGAGUCGUCCAAUCCGACCUCCUCCCCCAGUGAGAAGGCUGAGCGCUAAGCUGGGUGAUCAAAAUGGCAGUGAAGCUGUAGAUGGUUGGUUACGAUCAAGAACGUCAAGCGCUCCCGUGCUGGAUCCUGGUCCUCCUGAUAGCAUCAGUUGUGUACGAUUUGCAUGCACGUUUACCAAAAAGAAUGGUAUGUAAUGUUACAUCAGAUAGUCCGUGUGUGUCCUGUUAUACGAGGUAUCCCGUGAUUGGCAUUUUAAUGAAUGACGGAAGUGUUUCAUACAAGUGAUUCUUACUGUCGUCAACCUUUCUAAAUAACGGUGCGUUAAAGUGCAGUAUUUAUUCUGUCUAGUACAUGAAGGGGCAGCAAAGGUGGUUUUCUACAAGGACUCGCCUGAUUGACGGAAACUAGAAAGAAAAGUGGGUCCCCAGCUCCACGACCACGAAUCUUUCAAAAAAAUUUUAAGAAUACUAAAACGGCCUUAAAACGUAUACCUAAGAUUUUAUAAAAAUAUUAAGUAGCUUAAAUAUCUAUGAAAUUUGCUUGUUCUCGCCAAUCAUCUAUUUUAUUUAGUUUUUGUUAGCCCUUGGUGGAACCUCACUGCGCCCAAACUGUGAGCUGGAACGCAAACCCCUGAGUGAUCUUUUAAUCGCUGCAUGUCUAAAAUCUCGUACGUUUAUAUUUUAAGCUACUCUGUGUCACGUUAUCCCGGUUGAAUAUUUUGCAGACAACUUGGUGAGCCCGUGUCUGUGGGUUGGAACAGCCCUUGGUAAUGUGUUUGUUGUGGUGCUUAACUUGCCGGUCCGAGAGGAAAGAGAUUCACAACCUGUGCUAUCUAUAACUACAGGUACGUAAUACAGAAGGGUUCCGUGACAAUGUAUCAGUGCUCCAAUGUCUUAUUAUCUUUGACUGUAGAAUAUGUACAUCACUGAUUGAAGCCGACAGAGCUGAUAGGUGCUCCUGUUUCUUGUAUGAGCUUCGGACAUAAUUUAUAGUCGAUUUACAAUUUAGAUUUAGAGGUAACAAAUCCACCCAGUGGUUCUUCGUCUACCUGAUUCCUGAUCGAAUUGCAAUUUGGAAAUGUAGGUUUUUGAGGAAUGGGGAAAACCGGAGUACCUGGAGAAAAAUCUCUCUGAGCAAGGGAGAGAACUAACAAACUCAACCCACAUAUGGCUUCAACGCUGGGAUUUGAACCCGGGCCACAUUGGUGGGAGACGAGUGCUCUCGCUACUGUGCCACCCCUCGAAACUGGGUCUACUGGAAACGGGGUUUCACCUUCAUUACAGGGUUAACUCUUUAAGCCCCAAGAUCCACAUACAAAUUCUCCAAACGGAUCUCAAUACAUUUCCUUACAGAAUUAGUUGAGAGAAUUUGUUCAAAGAUCAAAGCGUUUUCCCAUAGGUGAUCAUUUUAUUUAUUCUCAUAACCUUUACCCUGGAUGAUGUAUUGAUUUUGUCGGGAGAAAAUCGAUGUUGGUCGCUCUUGGGACAUACAUGCUGAGGUAAAUAACAUGUGGUUUUGAUCACGUUACAGGGUCUUUAUUCCAUCCUAAAGCAGGCGUGAUUCAAAGCAUUGUGAUCCUUGAUGGUCAGGGUCAUCUCUUUCCUUCGCCAUUUCAGUUUUGGAAGGAAAAGGAUUCACACCAGAACAAGAGUAAGUAUGCGCCGCUUUGGGAGUAGAGCGUUUGUACGUUACUCGAACAGCACAGUUGCUAAAUGUCAUUUUCUUACUUAAUAAACAAGUUAAGGAAUAUUGAUUGCUGCAUUCCAAUACUGUUUACAACUAAACCAUUUCUUAUAUCACAUUCACAUUAGCUCUUAAAUCGUAUUGAAUUAAACUGGGUCUUAGUUCUCAUCGUUGGUUUUUCUUGAUGGAGGCAUAAUUUUUCAUCCCAAUUUCCCUUUUGUCCACUUCAACAACUUUGCUACUUGUUCUUUGUUGACGACAACGGAUCGAAAAAAAGCGCGAAAAACCGCGUUAGGGUAGGUUUCACUUUUUCACUUCACCUGGAACAAUCAGGCUAUGUUGGAAUUUCUUCAAGGUUUCCUAAAAUUAAUUUUAUAGAAGUAGUUCUUUUGAUUAACCCUAUACUUUUCAAAAUGGGCUUUCUUCUCGUUUUCAGGAAACUCGAUGAUGACAAGAGAAAUAUUUGACAGGCAUUUUGUUGUCAUUUGUACGGAACGAGAAGCCAAGGUCAGAUAAAAUUUUGCAUGACGUAAUAAAAGUUUUAAAAAGGAAGUCAAUACUGUGUUACUGGCAUAUGCAGAGGGGUUUUUAAACCAAAGAUUAGAGAACAAACUAAACCAAAGAACUUUCGUUGGGAUUCUAUGAGCGCGGGAAAAUGCGUACGACUAAGUCACGGUUAGUUCAGGCUUACUUUUGAUUAGCUAAACAAGUGACUUAAGAUAUAAUUUAUUCCAACAAAAAGCUGAAACUGUGAAAAACAACGCCGUAGCGAAAUUUCUUUUGACAUUCAGUUGAGGACCACUCUAUUUACCAUGUUUACUUUUAAGAAUUUUGUUUGGCAAUAGGAGUGAUGUAUUAAAGCCAAACAUUCCGGGAAGAAAUUCAUGUUUCAAUGCCAUUUAGCGCUAUGAUUUCUUUUAGUGGUGGAGGGGAGGCGGGGGGGCGGGGGGGGGAGUUCACCUGUUCGCAAAAUUAUAUCCUUAAACUGAUCCCUUAGCAGGGAUAAGAUGAACAGAUCACACGAAAGAGUAUAUCUGUGAACAUUUUGCCACUGAGCUAAUGCUGAAACCUAAAAUAACAUUUAUUUACGUGAACAUUGGACGUUGCAACUUACUAAUAUCCAUUGAGAUUAAGGCUUUCGGGCCAUGUUUUUUUGGGGUUGGUUGGUUGUUUUUCUAUUGUACUUGUGGCACCAGAGGUGAUCGUUUGGCCAUACUAAGAAUUAUGUCAAAUACAAGUCAAGAGUAAACAUCAGAAAGCAUAAUUUUUUUCCCGAUGGCACUGCUGAUUAAAAGUAAAAUAAUAACUUUGUCUUGUUUUUGUUUUGUAAUGUUUAAUUUAAAGGUGUACUCAUUGCCGACAAAUCAAACAAAUCCAAAGAGCUUUUCCGAAGCAAACCUCCUAGAUGAUGACUCCGCCGUGUUACUCAAGGCAGCUGCUGUUGUUGUUGAAGGUAACAAGUCAACAAGACCUUUUUUACACUAAUGAUACUACUACUGGCCAGAUGAAGCAAACACAACGCAACGUCAAAUAAGAACGUGAAAACGCUCUGAAAGGACUGAACAGAACCUCAGGGUGCUUAGCGUUUUGCUGUCUUUGGUGACGUUGUCUUUGCUAAAUAUGCUUACUAUUUCCACUGGACAAAGUUUUCGACAUCUUUGUCACAUGUUUUUCACAAAUUUUUGUGCGUAAUUUGGUUACCCACGAAACACCUACGAACCCCUUACGAACUCCUCUGAAAGUGUUUGUACGUGUCCAGAUUAAAGUGAAAUUUGGAAGUGUGGGUUUUUUAGGGAGGAGAAACCGGAGUACUCGGAGAAAAAGCUCUUGGAGAAAGGGCGAGAAUUUAGGGUUAGGGUUGACACCAACCCUAACGCAAACCUAACUCUGACCCUAUCGCAAAAACAGCAUUAUUUUUAAAAAAAGAUAGUCCCCGACCCUGCGUUGUACUAACACCCGAACCCAGGCCACAUUGGUGGGAGGUAUAUGCAGCGUGCAAAGAAAGUAGUGUCCGAUAGCCCGGGGCUAGUGGAUUUUGCUAUCGGGCUAGUGAAUUCUAUUUUUAACUUGCCCGACGGGCAAGUGAUGUUUUAUGAGGAGUUUGAAUAACAAAAGAACAAAGCGUUUUUGGGGCUAGUUGAAAUGACGUCUGGGCUAGUAAAUGCUAGCUUCAGCUCGUCCGAUUGGCAAGCUGUAAAAAUGUUUUUCUUUGCACCCUGGGUAUAUGUCCUCUCGGCACUGCACAUUGUUGUUCAUCUAAUGGGUUUGGUUGGCUCCUUAUAGUAUAGAACCAGUCCAGAUCCAGGUGGUUUUGAGGGCAGUACCGUGUCUCCAAACUGAUCUAUAUAUUCCCCUAAAGAAUUAGUUGACAGAAUUUGAUAAAAUAUCAAGGCAGUUUCACUUUGGUGAUCAUUUUGUUUAUUCUCAUAACCUCGUCUCUUGACAAUCUUUGGAUAUUGUUAGAAGAAAAUUGAUGUUAUUCACUAUUGGGGCUUGAAGGGUUAAAAGCUUUGAUUUCUACUACUGUAUGUAAUUGCGCGACUCCGCCGCCAGGGCAUGUUGAAUUUUGAUUGGAUCACACGAAACCCAUCAAAGUUUUUAAAAAUGUAUAGAAAACGUGCCAAAAAGAUGUCGAAAACUUUGUCAAGUGGCACCGGUGGCCAGAUCUUCGCUGUAGCAGAUAAACCUUAAUUCCUGUUUCCGUUGCUCAAGCCUUGGCAUAUUCAGACACAGGCUAAUCAAUAUCUUCUGGUUUUGAUGUAGGAAGCAGCUGCUUGUUGUGUCUUACUAGUCUAGGAAAGGUGCUUGCACUCAGCCUACCAAACCUAUCACCGCUAAUGGACGUAGAAUGCUCAUUCCUUUUGAAGGAGUACAGGUUGGUACUGUUUCACUAGCGGGUGGGAUAGGGUGUUGAUUUGCCCAAAUGGACGUAGAAUGCUCCUUCCUUUUGAAGGAAUACAGGUUAGUACUGUUUCAGCUAGUGGUUGGGUGGGUGUUGGUUUGCCCAAACCUAUAUGGGCGUAGAUUGCUUCUUCCUUUUUAUCUAGGGGUUGGGGUAGGGCUCGUAAUUAGUCUGCAAGGGAGCUCUCUAUUUAGAGUGCUAGGGAAGUAGUGCGUGUUUCACGCGCCAGCGAGCUACGAAAGAAUUGAGGGUGGGGUGGGACCGGAAAAGGGGGCUCUCCUGUCUCGACGUCUCAAUUCGGUCGUCGCUCGCGCGUGAUCCUUCGCCUGACGCGAAUCUCAAAUGGAAUACUUGCUCACAGACUAUCUUUUACUGUGCCCGGCAAAUGUGCUAUUCCGUCACAUACCAGACGUUUCUCGAUGUAUGACGAUUAACUCAACUUUUAACUGGUUCCCAUAACAAAAACUACGCAUAGUUCGUUUUUAAGUUGUUUUUCUUUGCUUAGAUUCCUCAGGACAUUGGUAUUUUCUGACGAUGCCCAGGCAUUGAUUUUGUGCUCGCCGUUCGAAAUCCAGCGGCUUUCGAUGUUCGUCAGACCAGGGUAAGUGGGAAUUUUAUGUUAGUGUCCAUGAAUUCAUGCUUCUGAAUCUGAAUUUUUUUACCCGUUCAAUGUGAAACUGUAUUAACUGAACGUUACUGUGCACUCGGUUACACUCAUGUGAUUCGUACCUUUUUGUAUCUGAGCGCUUUCCAAAAGUCAUAACUGGCCGGCGGACCAAUCAUUUUGAAAGAAAAAUGUAACUGCGACGAUCAUUUCUUCAUUUUCAAAAAUGUAACCCUUACUCGAAAUUUUCCCUAAAUCCCACCACUGCUGAGUAUACCAUGUAAGAAUACACUGAUCUUGCUGGUUAGGUUCGAUAAAUAGUGGAAUUCUCUCUACAAUUGGAAAGCGCCCUUAGUUUUUGUUCCAUACCAAGAUGAGAAUUGAUUGCCAUUCCGUUUGAAUUAUUUCAGGACGUUAACAGAAAAUCAAGGAUCAUUAUUCCGUGCUAUGGAGACACCUGAACCUCCCAGUAAAGGCUUUUUCAGCAGCUUGUUUAGCUCUGCAGCUUCACCUCUUGAUAGGGAACAGCUUUGUAAGUGUUCUUUUAGUCAAUCAUAUCCGUUUCUUAAUCCUGUGGCAAAAUUUAUUCAAGAAAUAAUCUAUCCAAAGUUAAGUCAGUCAGUCCGUCAAUCCAUUAGACAGAAGCAAUAUUGCAUUUUCCCAAUACACGUUAUUUGACGGUGCAGCUGAGUUGCCAAUCAUGCCAACAACGCACGAAUCUUUUUUUUUUCGGACUGAACAUGGCGGUUAGUAUCGAAGAAAUGAGGAUUACUCACAGGUAGUAUUGAAGAUUUGAAGAAGAGCUCGGUAACGAAGGAAAAAUUUAACGGUCCUCUCUUCAGUUUUUAGGAUUGCUUUACAUGUGGUUUAGGCCGAUUUGAAUGGUCACAUGGCCUUAACUAAUUCUGGUGUAUUUCACGUAGAUUACAGUGUGCAACAGUUAAGCAGGGUCAAGCGUACGUUAGUAGUUGUAGAUUUCAGAUUCAUCUCUGCUUUCCUGCAUGUAUAAUGAGCAGUGAAUUCACACACGAGAUAGUUAUAGUACACUGUUUUUAAAUGUGAUGUAAAUGUCUUCAUAUAGGAGCCUGCAAUGUAUUAUAUAUGCAAAGGUUUUUCAAUCUGACCGAAUACUGAGCAAUACUAACGGGUUCAUUUUUCAAAUAAUCAGUUCAUUAAUAGAAAUUAUGGGGAACGUUUGUUUGUUUGUUUAUUUGUUUUUCCCUGGGGUUGUUGUUCAAAGCACUUUAUGUCGUGUCUCUCUGAAAACAGUUUUGUCAUGUCUCGAGUUGCUAUUUUUCCCGAGUCGAACAUCGAGCUCUCGAGAACUCUGCCUCGAGGCCGGACACUGUGUACAGUUGAACUUUGGCUAAAGUUGUUGUUUUGCUUUUCCUUCUGGCAGUCGGUACAGAGAGUGGAAAUGCGUCUCGUAGUCUGACAGAUCGUUUUAAUGGCCCUGGUAUGGAAAAACUACAGGAAACGUCCAGCGGAUUAGCUGGUGUUGUGGCUAGGAACAAACAGGUGAGGUUCUGUGAGACAGUUUGUUACUGGCUGAAAAUAAAAUAGUAUUAAAAACAGGAUUGGAGAAAUUAUCCUAGAAGUCUGCUUAUUUCUCGAUUCUUUUUCUACUGGGAAUAAUAUAUAAUGCGCGAAAGAAAAAAGUGUAAGAACAAAAUAGGAAAAAAAUAAACCGUAAAUAAUGAGUUUUCCUUGUUGUAUGGAUUAUCCAAUACAGAAAAGAGAUAAAAAAGGGAUAAAGAUUGGAGAGACUAAUGAAGUAAUUUCCUAAAUAAGAGAGAGAGAAAAAAAAGAAAACGCUUUUGUUCUCUCUGUUGGCUCUAUCAUUUUCAAUCUGUGCUGUAAUAUCUUAUUAUUGCGAACAUGUAACUAAUCACAAUGUCGUGUUAGAAAAGAAUAAGUUCAAAACAAUGUGGUUUAUUUCAGGCUCUCUUAGAGAGAGGGGAAAAGCUGUCUGAACUAGAACAGAGAACUGAGCAGAUGAAUGUUCGAGCCAAGGCCUUCGCGGACGCUGCUCAUCAGCUGACUCUUAAGUACAAAGAUAAGAAGUGGUACCAGGUUUGAGGCCUUGUCAUGUGACCACACAGAUGGGAAGCCUGUGGUAAUCUGCACAGGCAUGUUGCAGCAACAUCGUAUGAUGAUAGAACAGUCAACUCUUAUGAUCGAUCGAACCCCUUUGCUGGUAGAAUCGUACCCUCGGUAGAAUUGAAGGAUGAGGUUACAAACAGCCCCCGUACAGCAGACACUUCGCCACAACGGACACGCCGUUUUUAAGGAUACGAAAUUGAGAACUACUCCCGCAGCAACACUGUUGUAGUUCAUAGACAGCCGUCACGCAACUCUUGUCCCACAUGCUUGUUUCCAACUAGUCUAAGUAGUAAACGUCCCCGUGCAAGCAAAGCGCGAAAGAAAGGAGGCUUUUAUUGAUUACGGCUUGGGGAGAGGGGGUUACCAAAAUCAAUCUGGAGAACAGAAUUUCACAAGCCACUUGUAUACUCCACCCAGACUUUUGCAAUUUUGGCAACCGACUCCCACAGGGAUUUCCAAAAUUAUGUACCCCCCACCCAUCCCCUCUUAUAGUUGUGAAAAUUGGCCCUGUCACCUCAAAUCUAGAGGUUUGCUCGCGCAUGACGUUUUGCUACUCAGGCUAGUUUCUCGUAUUUAGUUUGUGUUAAGCGGCUUCGAAAAAAAUAUUCAAGUUUGUUAUAGAUUGUUAAACUCACCUACCCGUAUACAUGAAGGUAAACAGUUUUAUUCCUGAUUGUUCUUUUUGGGCAAUGUAGGGUAGGGUACGGUGGGUAGGCUCUUUAGGGCCUGAUUACAUGGAGGUGGGGGACCCCAUGUAGGUGAUGUAACCUGCUUAGGUGGGGUAACCCACCUGUCCAUAUAAUCUCUCGUUUUAAUUUGAUUACGUUCACGUGGUCGGUGGGAUGACCAUAUGAGAGAUUAUACGGACAGACGGGUUACCCCACCUAAACGGUUUACCUCACCUACCUGGGGUCCCCCACCUCUAUGUAAACAGGCCCUUAGACUCAGUCAAAACAAAGGAGAAACACUGGUGUAAAAAUAGGAAAACGGGGUGUAAUUUUGAACCGACAGAUCAGUGCGCUGCUGACGACUUCGCUUAGAAACCAAGUUAUUCAAAACAUAGUAGAGGAGACUGGUUAUGAAAGCAGGCAAUCAUUAAAGUUGAAAACAACGGUACUGUAGAUUAUGCUGGAAGCUCCCUGACCGUGCACAAUUCGUUGUUUUUAGUUCACAAGUUGUAACUGAAUAAAUUAAUGCGAUGUGUCUAUUGGUCAGUAAGUUCAAAAUGAUAGGAAUGCUAUUGACCGUUGUGCACGGUCAGGUCCAAAAAAGCUAACAAAAACAUAUAACAAAGAAGUCUAACAGGUUUCAUAACCCUUCCACUUUAAUAGCUAUGUUCAAAAUAAGCUUAGUAAGCAAUGCUUCGCAUGAUUUGGGUUAGUUCUAAAUAUGUAAGGAUUUUGCUCCAAAAUCAAUUACAAAUAACGAACGAAACAGUUUUUGCCAUUGCUCAUCAUGUAUUGGAUUUUUUAAACUUACUGGAUUAUUUAAACAUUUUGCAUUGAAGAGUUGCCUUUUAAGAAGAAGGCUUACAGUCAAACCAAGUCAAGCGUACCCCCCAAGAUUCUAUCAGUGAAUUGAUUAUUUGAAAAAUGAAUCCGUUAGUCUUUCCCGUAACUGGUGUCAAAUUCAAAGCGGCAUUUCUGCAUGCGUAAUGAGCAGUGAAUAUUUUACGAGAACUUCUCUGUAUUUGGUCAGAUUGGAAAUCUUUGAAUGGAUUAAGCUUGUUAGAAGACAUUUACAUCAAUUUUUAGGAAAAUGGAGCUGGUAGAAAUUUCAUAACUGCCUCCCGUGUGAAUGCACGGCUCAUUACACAUACAAGAAUGCAGAGAUCAAUCUGAAAUCUACACCUAGCAACGGAUUCAACUUUUGAGUAAUAAAUUCAUUAAUGGGUUCUUGGGGGGUACGCUUGACCUGGUUUGACUGUAAACGGAAUGUUUGAAACAAAAUGUUAAUCAUUCUAGAAAGGAACAGUGUUUCCUUCUGUUGUAAACAGUUUCUUAGCUUGUUUGUUAAUAGAUUAUUAGUAAGAAUGUAACACGAUUCUGUGCGUAGAAAAAUUGUAACAUUGAUGUUAAUACACUGAGUAUUGUGUAAAAAUGUG